GUCGACAAUCCAGCAGUCUUUCAUUCAUUUUACCUUUUUUGGUUCCUCUUAAAGUCACUCUUUUGACCUCUUUAAUUCUUCUCGCCGCGGUCCCAGAACGAUACUAACCGUCAGCCGACACCCAACAAUCCAGCAAAAUGAAGUCUGUCUACAGUGCCAUCUCUCUGGGCCUCAUGGCCGCUGCCGUCAAGGCGCAGGUCAACAACGGAAACCCUGCCAUCGCCAUUUCCUUCGAGCAGGUGGCUUCGUGCAGCACUCCCGUCUCUGCCUCCGUCGUGACUCGCACGGAGACUCAGACUUACUGCGACGAGUGCGAGCACCACCGUCCUACUCCUCCAGCCUGGACUCCUACUCCUAGUCCUCCGGUCUGGACUCCUGCUCCCGCUCCUCCUGAGCAGACUGUGUACACCACUGUCUUCAAGGACCUCUGCCCUACCGGUGUUAUCUCGAAGACCUACACAAUCACUGAGGCCUGCCCUUGCACGGCCCCUCGUCCUCUUCACCACAUGCCUUCUGGCUUCACUUCUACCGUGAAGAGCUGCCACACUUGCGGUCCUACUCCGAUCACUGAGACCUGCACUGUGCCUAUCGAGACUGCUCCCGCUCCCCCGGCAUGGACUGCUCCUGCUCCUCCCGCAGAGACUGUUCCCGCUCCCCCUGCUUGGACUGCUCCCGCUCCUCCGGCUCCGGCUGCGCCUGAGAGCUCUAUCAUCUCCGUGGUUCCUAACCAGCCUGCUCCUCUGGUUCCUUCCAGCCCGGCUCCUACGGUCCCUGCUGGUGUUGCUCCUGUCGGCACUGGUGUGCACCCCAUUCCUCCCAAGCCUUCUGCUCCUGGAAGCACUGUCACUCCUUUCACUGGUGGCGCUGGCUCCGUUUUCUCUGGUGCUGGAAUUGCGCUGUCUCUUGUUGCUGGUGUCUUCGGCGCCAUUGCUGUCGCUCUGUGAACACAAAGCUGGUGAUCUUAUGCCAGCCGUGUUUAAUUUCACUUAAUCGGCGUAAUCAAUUACUACCAGGUUGUCAUCGUGUCUGGGUCCGGUCUGGCAUAACGUUCUUUUCGAUUCACCACACGUUCCCCUUUUUGUAUUGUUAGCUGGAACAGGUUGAAUAACGAUGAGCCUUAUUAUUACUACAUAAUGUCUGAUACAUUCGUUUAAACAAUUGAGAACAUUACUCAAUUCACUACCCACUCU